CUAUUCCAGCCACUGUACUGUCGCGUAGCAGCGAGCGGGACAAGUGGUUGGUGUUCUGCAUGGAGGAAGGAAAGAACUCUUUCCCUUCCUCCGUGGUGUUCUGUGAGCGGGACGCAAAUUUCAAACAACGUGUGUGGUCUGUUUGUUGCCGUCCUCCGUGGUUUGUUGUCACUUGCUUGCGGUCCUCUGAGGGGCGACGGAACCAUCUCUGUGCCCGUGUUGUUUCGCGAGGGUUCGUCGCAGCCGUGUCAUUGUGCGCGAGUGUUUUUGUUCCCCAUCGAGCGCGGCUCAAUGACAGCGGACGCGUGGUCACUUCCUCGACCCGCCGUCUUCGGUCUGUCGCUCGCUCGACAAUGCGGCUCAGCGGGUCUCUCUCCUCGGUGCUGUGGGUGCUCGUUGCCGCGCACACCGUCGGCGCCGAGCUUCGAUGGAGCGAUGCUCGCUCCAAACGGCACGCAGAUUCCGCUCCGGCGACCAACGCCAGCGACGAAUUCCGACAGCUGGUGAGCGACAAGGGUCGCUCUUCCAAGGGCGCGAGCAGGCACCAUGCGACGCCUCUGGACGCCGAGAAGUGCGCCAGGCCGGCCAAAUGCGAGCCGCUCAUCAACGCCACGUGCUUCGGGGCGCCGCUGCCGUACAGCCACACGACUGUCGAGUUGGCCAACGACUCCUCGUCGCAAUUCGAGAUUCAGGAGCGACUGGACCUGUGGUACGGUCUGCGGCAGAUACCUCGUUGUUGGGCUGUGGUGCAGCCCCUCCUGUGUGCUGUGUACCGUCCCCGUUGUGUGGACGGCCUGGUGACACUUCCGAGCCACGAGACUUGCCGCCUUGUUCGCGCGUUCUGCCGAAUCACCGCACUCAACUCUGAUCGGUGGCCUUUCUUCCUCCGAUGCCAGCAGGAAGGCACCUUUGCAUCUGGCUGCAAGGACACCAUGCGCGAGAUCAAGUUCAACACGACGAGCCGAUGCUUGGAGCCUCUGGUGGGGACACCGCGGGAGACCAGCUGGUACCCUGAGGUGGAAGGCUGUGGCAUUGGCUGCCGACACCCGCUGCUCACCGAGGACGAGCGGACCAGCAUGCGCACCUUUGUUGGUGUCAUCGUUGCUCUCGCCACAGUGGCCUGCCUGUUUGCAGUGUUGACGUUCCUCAUCGGGUGGCGUGAGUCACGCCAGUACCCGAACGUGAUGGUCUUCUACAUGAACCUGUGCCUGCUGCUCAUGUGUGUCGGCUGGCUGGCCCAGUUCCUGCCUGGGGCCCGGGAAGACAUCACCUGCCGCCGAGACGGGACCCUGCGCAGGGGAGAGCCCAGCUCGGGAGAGAACCUGUCGUGCGUGGCCAUCUUCUUCCUCUGCUACUACUUCCUGCUGGCAGCCCUGUGCUGGUUGGUCCUCCUGGCCUACGCCUGGGAGCACCGGCUGCACCAGCAGAGCUCUUCCUCCUCCUCGCUGCUGCAGGCCAAGGCCGCCUACUUCCACCUGGUCGCCUGGAGCGUGCCCUUUGUCCUCUUCAUCAUCGUCAUGGCCCUGGGGCUGGUGGACGGGGACCCGGUGUCUGGCAUAUGUUUUGUCACUGCGGCAAAUCCUCAUGCACGAUCGGCGCUCGUGCUCUUCCCAGUCACAACAGCCUUCUUUGCAGCCGGCUACUUUCUUGUCCGAGAGCUGUACAAGCUUGUUCGUCUCAAAGGUGGCAGAGGGGACAUGAUGAAUGAUCGAGUGCGAGCCAAGAUCCAGAGUAUGAUCCUGCGCAUCGGCCUGUUCCUGGUGACGGCUGUUCUGCUGGUGUCAUGCACCUAUGUCUGCCACAUCUACGAAUUCCGCAAUCAGCCCAUUUGGGAAAGAAGUCUGCGCAAGUAUAUUGCCUGUCAUGCCAACGUGGAGACGGCACAGAGCUCUGUGCCAGAGCUUCCUGCGCGUGCAUGUGAACCGGAUGCUCGGCCAAGCCUGGCAAUGCUGCAGCUCCACCUGGUGGCAUUUCUCGGCUCCUGCCUGGCGCUAGCUUCCUGGGUGCUCACGUCGGCCACGGCCACCACGUGGAGCCACUUUUGGCACAGAACCAUUCUACGACAGCCAUCUGAGGAUCCUCCACGUGUGCAGCGACACAAACUCGUCGCAGAAGCGUUCUGUCGCCGGCACGAGCUGAAUCGGGGACAGGGCUCAAUCAGCUUUCACAGUGCACACGACGACCCGGUCGGGAUGAAUCUGGACAUGAACAGUGUGACAUCACAAGACCUGUCAUCUACUUGGGCCGCAGCACUCCCAGGGUUUCUUCAUCGUCGAGGUGCUGUAGCAGGGCCAAGUGCAGUUCCACCAGUUCGGCGUUACUCAUCAACAUCUGACGUGAGCCGGCAGCUUUCGUUGAGUGUGCGGCGCCAAUCUUUCGACUCACAGAUGAGCUACCAGGUGGCAGCAGAGCAGCAGUGGCUUGCCGCACAACGCGCAAUUGCCCGCCACCAACGCAGAAAGACACGACGCGAGCGUGAACGACUCUUACACAUGGCAGCUCUUCACCGACCCUCACCUUUCCCACACACAGCACCCAUCAGGCGUGGCAGCGACUCAUCCAUGCAAAGCCUGGCAGCCUCGUCGUUUCAACGUGGCCUGCAUGGUGCACCCGCUGUUUCCAAACCAGCAUCUGUGGCUCGAGCCACGAGCACUGGAGACUUGAACCCUGGCAGUGUACUCGCCCAAAACCACUUUUCCCUGCUGAGGCCAUCUGUUGUGGGGCAAAAGCGCAGUGAACUGCUGAUCAACCCACCAUUCACCCAUGGCAUGUCUGAGUCGGGUUCUACACGCAUGUCGAUGCGACGUAGUGUUGCUGGGACAUCUAACCCUGGAGACAACAUCAAUUCAUCUGCUGUGGCAGCGAAUGUGGCUCUUGCCACAGCUCAACCCGGUCCACCCAACCCAGCAGCCCCUCAGAUGCUUCUUCCAGGCUACCCUGCUAUGGCUGCAGCCAAUCCCUAUUCUGCUUACCUGAGCUACCUGAAUGGCCUGCGGCUGCCGGGACACCCUCCACCUGAAACCACCAUACCUCCACCCUUUGGCUAUCCUGGGCCAUUCAGCUACCCGGGCUUUCCUUUCUACCAUCCUGGUUUGUACACAUACGGCCAGGGCUUGGCAUCAUACACUGAACUGGACCAGGCACACACACCACUCAUUCCACUGCAUCCCAUGCCGGACAGUUCAAGCGAGACAGGCUUCAUACCAAUCAUAACAUCAGAUUCAGACUUCACAGAUGCAGGUAUACGUAGUCCGCACAUUUUGUCUGCUCAGCGCAUGGUGGAAGAGCGGGAAAGGGCACUUGCAGCAGCAGCCAUGGCUUCCCCGCCACGACCUCAGACACACCAGGAAACGCAGACAGAACAAAAUAAGGAGACUCUCCUGACACCGACUCCCCUGAGGAAGGCACAGAGUGACCGGCCAGCUGCCAUGCCUGAGGCCAUCGAAAUGCGGGAGAUCAAGUCCGGUCAGUCCAGGCGGUCUAACGCAUCGGCACUGUCCAGGGCAAGAGUAUCGAAAUCUCCUCCUGGACCGGGGGUCUCGUCACAGGCGUCAAAGAGUAACACACCCUUGCACCGGUUCAGUUCUGUGUCUCCACCUGUGGCUCCAUCGCCUGCUGCAUUGUCACCCCUAGCCCAGCAGCAUAGUGACAGCGUGUCACCAAGAUGUCGGGAAGACUACCAAGCCGUCUGUGACCCUUGCAGUAGCAACAACAAUGCUCAGGUGUCGUGGCCUCCCUGCCAUCAGCAGGUGCAUCAAGGCCUGCAGCAUUGUUCUUGCCCAUUGUAUGGCCCUGAGCUGCCACAUGCAUCGUCAUACCUGCACGGAUCCAACAGUGGCUACCAGCAAGGGACACUAUGCAUGGAGCAGUAUUUUCCAGGAAUGGCAUCUGGAAGCACUGAGCCCAACACAUUAGAUUCAACCACAUCCGGCCAUACGAACUCAGACGGUCCACACAGUUGUCACACAUACCUCUUUGCUCCAGCGGAAAACAGUUGUGCAGACGGUGAGCUGCCGAGCUUUACUAGAAAUAACUGUACAGCACAGUGUCCGGAGCAGUGUCAUGCAGCUGUUCCCCAGCCCCAAGAGCAGUUCACCAGUGGCCACAUGGCAGCGCCUUCACCUUCUCAGCAUCCUGCCUUCAGUGGAUGUUGUGAGACUUCGUCACACCAACAGAACCUCAGCAGCACCCCACAAGGUCUCACAGAGCCAGGGUUUGUGUCUAGGUGACUUUUCAAGUCUCUUUCUUUGUUGCAACUUCAUCUCAUUCAACUCAUCUUAUUGCACAAGAAGGAAAAUAGUCAUCUGUGCUGUGUAGCUUCAAGAACAGUGGCUGCUAUUCAGACAUAUGUUGAUUGUUGUGUAGUUUAACAUUACUGUGAUGCUUUAUAUGCUGUGCUGGACACAAUAAAAUUUCAUCCAGGAAGUUU